AUGCCGAAACGCACACUCUUCACCAACAUUACCCCUCUCCCUCCACAGGUAUCGCGAGAAGUCGCGAUAGCAAUGCUGCACAACCACGAUGAAAUGAUCGAAUUAAACCCGCUCGUCAUCGAACAUCACCCCAUAAAGACUCCCCGAGACGCCCCCGCCGACGAGUUCCUCGACUGUGCCUGGCAGGAGCUGACGGACAAAAUCCAUUUCCUGCCCGGCGGAAUGAUGAAGGGCAAAGUCAGCUAUAAAGCAUGUUUCCACGACAUGCCGAACGGGUUACAAACACACAUCUAUGCGCCCAUGGGCCUGGACAUCCGGGAAAAGUGGACGAUCGGGGGUACUCUACCUGGCGAACCGCCGGAGCCGAGAGAAUUGGGGCUGGAUGUGCCCCGCGAGGGCCUGUAUAUCCGCGAAGACGGCGACAUGAAGUGUAACAUGCUGAUGACCUCGUUUGUGCGCAAAAACCUCGACAACGCACACAAGGUGUUGGUGGAGCGCAUCCUCAAAAAGGCCGAACGCGUGGAGGAGACGGUCAAGACGAUGGGGAUGGGCUUGACGCCCAUCACCCCCGGCGCCGGUCCCGGGACGCCCCGAUUCCAGGCGGGCUCACACAUGUCCAACUCCCAGAUCGUGAACUCCCCCGCGAUAUAUAACAGACCGCUGUCGCCACAGAUGCUGUCCCCGCAGCAGGACCUGGGUUGGCAGACCCUGGCCAAUCACCCGGCAUUCCGGAACGAGGACAAGCGGAUGAGCUAUCAUCAACAAGCCGUUGUCCACCCGCAGCGCAUGAGUUACUACGCUGCUCUGAAGCAGCAGCAGCAGCCGGAACCACCAAAGCAAUUCGUCGCCGAGCUGCCGGGCUCGAUGUACCAUACAGGCCAUCUGGCACCGCCGUCACGCGAUGCUCAGGUGGCCAACCAUCGGAUGAGCACCAUGUCGGAGCUGACGGGCUCGGAUGGUGGGACCUACACGGGCUCGCCCAACCAUCGGAUGAGCACCAUGUCCGAGCUGUCGGCGUCUGACCCAUCACGCGAUUCUCUGGUGGCCAACCAUCGAAUAAGCACCAUGUCUGAGCUGUCGGGCUCCGCCUCUGACGGCGGGACCUACACGGGCUCCCCCAACCAGCAAGCCCAGUCAGAAGCGGGUAGCAUUGUAUCGGAGAAUUUCUACGUCCAAAAACUCAACAAUGCGCAUGGAUAUCCCCGGGAGCGGCCACAGUCUAUGGUGUCACGAGGCUCGGGUCAUUCCAGUAGUUACCUGGACCGGAUGAGCAUGGUGUCCGAGUUGCCGUCGACCCAGCCGCAGCAGUGGCCGCAGCGGUAG